UCCGCGAUAUUACCCACAGACUGCUGUAUUCAGUCGUCUCUAUUUAUUCAACUGUUCGUCACUAAAAAGAUAAAGGAAUCGGCCAAAAGUAGCGAGUUACACGACGUUCGUAUCUUAUCGUAUCCACUCUAUUGAUCACUCGCCAUAUAUCGCUGAAGGUCCGCCUUAUACGGACGGCUCGACCACCUUUAUUGUCCAAUUUAACUUGCAGACGUGUACUCUUUUAUACUCGCGAUGUUACCGGUGAAGUCAUAAUGUGUGUCGUACAAAAAUAGAAAUACAGAGUUUACAGGAAAAUAGUAUCAAUAACAAAAGUGUUGCGGUUUGUUAUCGAACGGAAAUGGCCACGAAAUCGCCUAUGAGUGUGAGCUCGCGGGAAAUGAUCGGCGUGGAUCAGUUCAGUCAGAGGCGGGAAGUGUUCGACAAACACGACACUGUGUUCAUGCCGCUACCGUCGCCUACCACCUUGACGCCCGUCCACGGGGAAGUGGAACAGAUCAUCACCUCCAACCACGGGAUAACGACUUCCAACUUCAAACGGAACACUCCCCGGUAUUCCAGCAUGCGAGAGUCGAAGACAGACGAACGAAACUACGAUUUUCGACCGCGUAAAUACUCGGAUAACUUUACAUCAGAACUGAACCAGAGUGACGACGUAGACUACAGGCAUAGUCAGUCAGAGAGGACCCGUCGACUUUCUAAACUCAGAAGAGAUUUUCUGGCUUCAAAUUUACAUGACCCUAGUGACAAUUCAUUCGUGCGAACCGGCACGCGAGCUUCUUUGCCUGUUAAUUCUACAAGCCCACUAACGUAUAAAAUUGAGACUCCUAAUCUUUACAAAUUUCCUUUCGCCGAACCAUUCUCAACACCGACACCGCCUCGUAAAGUUUUCGUAGAUUUAGGAUCGAACGAUAAUCCGGACGGCAAGGAAAAUCAGGAUCCUGCUGUGAAAACUAAACAUGAGAGUUUGACGAAUAAUGAUUCGCCAACUAAGAUUGAACGUCAAAAAUUCUUUGAAGAUUUAAUAAAAAGAUAUUCACCACAACGUAAACCAAUUGACUGGACUUUGCCUCCAACAAGACCUAGAGUUGUUUCCUCCGUUCCAAAAUCGAAUUCUAGCGCGUCUGAUAUUGUCGAUAAUGUUGGAAAAUUUAAAUGUACUGAAAAUUAUGACAAAGACGACGAUGUAUUUAAAAAGAAAGAAGACUGUAACGAUUCUGGUAAAGCGAACGGUGGUUUCGAGGAGAAACUACUCCAAAAUGGUCCUGAAAUAAUUAUAGAUGGAAUAAAUAAAGAGAAUGGUAAAAACGAAACGGAUUUAAAACUAUCCUUGACGGAGUUAGCAGAAAAGAAUGAUCGCCUCUCAGAAUUAUCAACAGUGCAAAGACAAUUAAGUAGAGAAUCCCAGAAGAAGUUGCAUAUUGAGAACGAUUUAACCAUUCCAGCGUUGAUAGAAAAAAUAUCAACAGAAGGCGAUAACUUGGAAAACAAUAGAAAAAAUACAAAAAAAGUAAAAAGGAAGCGAAGUUUUCUAGACAAGCUGUUGGGGCGCAAGAAAAAUACAGUGAAGUGAGAAUAACUAUGUAUUAAUUUAUUACACGCACCUGCCAAAGAUUAUAUCAAGGUUACGUAGGCACAUGACGCCACAGUCGAUAUAAAAUCAAUAGAAAAAGACGGAAAUAUAGAUUAUGCAUAAAUAACGAACUUUAUGGAUGAUAAGUAAAUUUUAUUUGUAUAAAAAUAAUUAAGGCCAGACUUCCUCUGUUUUUUAUCUUAAUGCAAUUGGGUUUGGUUGGGUUAUCAACGAAGCUGAUAAAUGUAAGUGCCAUGUGACACUAUCUGCCAAAUUCUGAGUAUGAUAAAGUUAUGACUUGGAGUAAAAUAUUUUUGUAUUCCUAUUUAAAAUAUUAUGUUUGUUUGAAAUUUCAUUUAAUUUUCACGACAAAAUAAUUUAGUAUAAUCUUAACGACCCGAUAUCAAAUGUAAAUAGACUUAUUUUCUUAACUAUAAUUGUGGUAAAAACUGACAUUGAUAAUAAAAAAAAUAUUAUUUAAAUUAUGGCUAGAAUAAGUUACGAAACGUUUUUCUUUAAUAAAAAUAGUAUUCUUAUUUUUUUAUAAAAUAUAAUUUAAAUGAGACAUUGACGAAUAAUUAAAAGCCUUCAUUAAGAAAUGUCUUUCUGAAUAUUUUAUUUCAUAAUAAAGCUCGUUCUUUGUAAACAA